AUGCCUAAGAGCAAGAUCUACCGCUUCCGCCCUCGUACACUUGUUUGCCCGCACGCGUCCGCCACCGGUUGCAAACAGCUCUUCUCUGACCGCUCAGGGCUCACUAGACAUGUCAACUCCGCUCAUCGUCGACCACCAUCUACGCUGCCGCGCGGUGAUGAUGCGAUUGCGGCGCCAGCACGGAACGAUUUGGACAGUGCAGUAGAUGGUCUUCCGCCAGCAUUCGCCGGUAUGUUUUCACCGGACGAGGAUGCGGAGAUUGCCCGACCACCUCAAGGGGACGCUGCACCAAGCGGCUGCACUCAGACUGGCAAGGAGCGGGUAGAAUACCAUCCAUACCUCAAUGGUUGCAUAUGUGACAAGGAUGGCAACUUCCUUCCUGACGGGACUGCUGCAUCCCCGCCUCCCGAGAGGAAUCCCCACGACUUCAGCCCAUUCAACAGUCGCAUCGACUUCGAGAUCGCCGAUUUCCUCUAUCGGCGCGCAGAGAUGUCCGGUGGCAAGAUCGACGAGCUCAUGCAGCUAUGGGCAUGUACGCUGCCGGAAGAUCUCGAUCCCCCUUUUGCGAACCACCGCCACCUCUACGACACGAUUGACGCGUCCUCUCAGGGAGAAGUUCCGUGGCAGAGCUUCUCUGUCACUUACAAUGGUGACAUUCCAAAUGGCGCUAUGCCGUCGUGGAUGGUGCGCGAAUACGACGUCUGGUUCCGUGAUCCCCGGCAAGUUCUCCGCAAUCAGAUCGGAAAUCCUGACUUCUCCGGGGCAUACGAUCACACCCCGAAGCGCGUUUUUCUUGCCAACGGACAGCGCCAGUACAAGGAUUUUAUGUCAGGCGACUGGGCUUGGAAUCAGGCGGACAUUCUUGCUCAAGACCCGGGCAUGCACGGGGCUGCGCUAUGUGCGACGAUCCUCGGAAGUGACAAGACAACGGUUUCUGUUGCGACGGGACAGAAUGAGUAUUACCCAUUAUAUGCGUCGAACGGCGGGAUCACAAAUAGUAUGCGUCGCGCUCACCGCAACGGGAUCACUCUGAUUGGUUUCCUUGCUAUCCCGAAGACUGAUCGACAGUACCAGAACAGUGUCACAUUCCGCAAGUUCCGCAAGGAGCUCUUCCACACGUCCCUCCGCUUCAUCCUUCAGUCUCUUCGCGAUGCUAUGACGGACUACGAGGUUGUGAGAUGUGCAGACGGACACUACCGGCGUAUUGUGUUUUCACUUGGACCCUACAUUGCGGAUUAUCCGGAACAAGUACUGUUGUCCUGUGUGGUACAAGGAUGGUGUCCUCGAUGUAUUGCACCGCCGACAGAUCUGGAUACCGAGCAAGCUCCACGCCGGUCGCAUUCACAUACUGAAGCCCUCCUGGAAGGGUUACAUCCAAAAAUGUUAUGGGACGACUACGGAAUAGUCCCAGAUCUAAUGCCCUUUACCGCGGACUUCCCUCGCGCGGACAUCCAUGAGUUGCUGUCGCCUGAUCUCCUGCAUCAGGUAAUUAAGGGGACGUUCAAGGAUCAUCUGGUCACCUGGGUUGAGGAGUACUUAAUCCAAGUCCACGGGAAGACGGGUGCGGCUACAAUCAUGGCGGACAUUGAUCGACGAAUCGCAGCGGUUCCGAGCUUUCCUGGGUUGCGAAGGUUUCCGGAGGGCCGUGGAUUCAAACAGUGGACAGGCGAUGACUCGAAAGCCCUCAUGAAGGUUUUCCUCCCUGCCAUAGCCGGUCAUGUCCCGGCGCAGAUGGUACGCGCUCUGAGCGCGUUCUUGGAGUUUUGCUAUCUGGUGCGACGCGACACAAUCAAUGAGGACACGCUCGCCGCCAUCGACGAAGCUCUGGCAUGCUUCCACCGCGAGCGCGUCAUCUUUGAGACGGUUGGGGUCCGUCCAGAUGGUAUCUCGCUUCCUCGACAACAUGCUCUCAAACACUACCGACGUCUCAUUCAGCUCUUCGGCUCUCCAAAUGGUGUGUGCUCGUCGAUGAUGGAGGCCAAGCAUAUCACAGCCGUCAAGAAACCUUACCGUCGCUCUAGUCGGCACCAAGCACUCGGGCAAAUUAUCAAAAUCAACCAGCGACUCGACAAGCUGGCGGCAAUCCGCGUUGAUUUCACAGCUCGUGGGAUGCUCCAAGGGCCCUGUCCGCGCCUGCCACACUUCAUGAACCCGCACUCGGAGAUGCACGGACUCGACGAACAGGCCCCUUCGUGCCGCAGCAAUGCCGCUCCUGUUCUAGUCGAUGACGAAGAAGGCAUUGCACCGCCUGACCACGAUCAGCCUGGGGAUCCUGUGCCACCAGUCGAUGAACGCGAAGGCGAUGACGACCAUCCCCCGGACGCUGGGACUGAUGCAUCGGACAACUCGGACAUCAAUGUGAUGGCCGAAGUUGUACUCUCCAAACGAUCAAUUCCAGGCUUUCCAAAACAGGCGUUGGAGCUUGGCGAAGCCAUCGGGUUUGGCAUGCUGCCAGACUUGAUACGGUUCUUCCUCUACGAUCAACUCUCACCAAAUUCCGACGUUUCGGGAGCUGACGCCGGCCUCCUCCGCUGUCCAGUGUUCAACGGCAACAUAUCUGUAUAUCCUUCAGCGAUUGCGACAUACUAUGCGCCAAGUGAUCCCUCCGGCCAGCGUGGGAUGCACCACGAACGCAUCCGCUCGGUCGCCUCGUGGCGAGGCGGCCCGCCCCGACGCGACUGUGUUUUUGUUGCCAACACGGAUUCCGACGCCCCAGGCUUCCGUGGUCUACUGGUUGCACGAGUACAUCUGUUCUUUGCAUUCACAUUUCAGGAAGUUCGGUACCCAUGUGCCCUCAUCUCGUGGUUCUCCAUUGUCGGUGACGAGCCCGAUCAUGACACCGGUAUGUGGAUGGUUGAACCGGACCUCGAUAUCCACGACCAGCCUCUCAUGGCGGUCAUCCACCUGGACGCUAUCAUCAGAGGAGCUCACCUGAUCGGGUUUGCAGGUGAUGGACAUCUCCCGACGGGCAUCGGUCCCGAGCACUCGCUCGAUAUAUUCCGCACAUUCUAUGUAAAUAAAUACGCAGAUCAUCACUCUCAUGAAAUCGCAUUUUGA